UGGGCUCGUCCACCUAGUGCUUUCUUCACAGACGCCUGUAUGAUAAUCCCAAUCUGUGGCCAUUAGUGCACUGAGAGAACAAGCAAGGAGAGGGUUCAGCAGGGGGGAGAGAGAGAGAGAGAGAGAGUGAGGGAAUGAGGGGGGGAGUGCCUGGACAGAGAUGCACGCAGAGGAAAAAGAAUGAGGGAGGGAGAGAGAGAGAGCUUUUAAGGGAUUUGGUAGUGAUUUGUAGAAUCUCACUGCUGUAAUGUUGCGCUUUUCCUCCACUUUUCCCUGAUUCUGCCAUGAUACCAUACUCCGAAGCCUCAAAAGUCAAUGUUUUCAUUUUGCCUUGAUAAACCACAACUGCUUCUUUUUUAGACCAUUGUUCUCAGUGUGUUGUGGCUAUUUUUGAGAGUGCACAGCGGCCGUCUGAGAUGAUAGAGGAUUUACUUUUGGUGAGGAGAGGAGAGCCCUUGCCUCUACAUACGUAAUCGCAUUUCGGACCACGGAUGGAGGCCUGUUUGGAAGAGCUCAUGUGAUGAAUAAAUUAAAGCCCGGUCAAUGAGGAAUGGGCAGGUGUCAAAGGUAGAGGGAGUGGCCCGGUGCUGUCAGUACCUCUACUGGUCAUCAUCAUGACUACAGAGCCCCACUCGUCCUAUCAGUGCUGCUGGCUUGGUUCACCUUCUAGAUACCAAACAUGGCUUCAGCUGAUCUGGGUACUGCUGGCGGGUAUCAUCCCCGGCUCAUGGGCCCAGCAGGGCACCCAGCCCCAGUCCAUCAAGAUCGAGGGCGACAUCACCUUGGGUGGGCUGUUCCCUGUGCACUCUCGGGGACCUGCCGGGGUGCCCUGCGGAGAGGUCAAGAGAGAAAAGGGGAUCCACCGAUUGGAGGCCAUGCUGUAUGCCUUGGACCAGAUCAACAGUGACCCGGACCUACUGCCUAACAUCACUCUGGGGGCCCGGAUCCUGGACACCUGCUCCAGAGACACCUACGCCCUGGAGCAGUCGCUCACCUUUGUCCAGGCCCUCAUUCAGAAGGACACCUCAGAUGUGCGAUGCUCAAACGGAGAGCCUCCUAUCAUUCCCAAACCAGAGAGGGUGGUCGGGGUGAUUGGAGCCUCUGGCAGCUCAGUGUCCAUCAUGGUGGCCAACGUACUCAGAUUGUUCGCGAUCCCACAGAUCAGCUAUGCCUCGACUGCUCCAGAGCUGAGCGACAACAGCCGCUAUGAAUUUUUCUCCCGUGUGGUGCCUCCUGACUCCUACCAGGCCCAGGCCAUGGUGGACAUAGUUAAGGCCAUGGGCUGGAACUAUGUCUCUACACUGGCCUCCGAGGGCAACUAUGGAGAGAGCGGUGUCGACGCCUUCCUCCAGAUAUCCAGAGAAGCAGGGGGGCUGUGUAUUGCACAAUCCAUAAAGAUUCCUCGAGAGCCCAGACCAGGGGAGUUUGAUAAGAUCAUCAAGAGACUGAUGGAGACUUCUAAUGCUCGUGGGGUCAUCAUCUUUGCCAAUGAGGAUGACAUCAAACGAGUUUUGCAGGCUGCCAAAAAGGCCAACCUGACAGGGCACUUCCUGUUUGUUGGCUCGGACAGUUGGGGAGCGAAGAACUCCCCCAUUCAAGACCAGGAGGAUGUGGCUGAGGGUGCUGUCACCAUCCUUCCCAAAAGAGCCUCUAUUGAUGGGUUCGACCAGUACUUCACUUCAAGAUCUCUAGAAAACAACAGAAGAAACAUCUGGUUCGCAGAAUUCUGGGAGGAUGACUUUAAGUGCAAACUAACCCGCCCGGGCAUAAAGUAUGAACUUGGUAGACGAAAAUGUACGGGUGAAGAAAGAAUCAGUCGAGACUCUCAGUACGAACAAGAAGGGAAGGUACAGUUUGUUAUUGAUGCUGUGUACGCCAUGGCGCACGCCUUACACAGCAUGCACAUGGACCUGUGUCCCGGCUCCAUGGGCGUCUGCGAGAAGAUGGACCCUGUGGAAGGACGGAUGCUCCUACAAUAUAUUCGCUCUGUCAACUUCAAUGGCAGCGCGGGAACUGGAGUGAUGUUCAAUGAAAAUGGAGACGCUCCUGGUCGUUAUGACAUCUUCCAGUACCAACUGUCUAAUGUCAGCAACCCUGGCUACAAGGUUAUUGGCCAAUGGACGAACCACCUCCGACUCAAUUCGGAGGAGAUGCAGUGGUCGGGUGGGGACCAUAAGAUCCCUGAGUCAGUGUGCAGCUUCCCCUGCGAACCUGGAGAGAGGAAAAAGAUGGUGAAGGGCGUUCCCUGCUGCUGGCACUGUGAGCUCUGCGAUGGCUACCAGUACCUGUUAGAUGAGUUCUCCUGCGACAUGUGCCCCUUCGACAUGAGACCCUUAAAGAACCGCACAGGCUGCCGACCCACGCCCAUCAUCAAGCUGGAGUGGAGCUCUCCCUGGGCCAUCAUCCCUGUCUUCCUGGCCAUCCUGGGUAUUCUGGCCACUACUGGCGUCAUCGUCACCUUCAUCCGCUUCAAUGACACGCCCAUCGUUCGGGCCUCAGGCAGAGAGCUCAGCUACGUGUUGCUGACAGGCAUUUUCCUCAUCUACCUCAUCACCUUCCUCAUGAUAGCUGAGCCAAGUAUUGCUGUGUGCGCCUUCCGCAGGCUGUUGCUGGGGCUCGGCAUGUGCAUCAGUUACUCUGCCAUGCUAACAAAGACCAACCGGAUCUACCGGAUCUUCGAGCAGGGCAAAAAGUCGGUCACGCCCCCAAAAUUCAUCAGUCCCACCUCUCAGCUGAUUAUCACCUUUAUACUCAUCUCAGUGCAGUUACUCGGGGUGUUCAUCUGGUUUGGUGUGAUGCCCCCCCAUACCAUCAUCGACUACGAGGAGCAGAAGCCCCCGAACCCAGAGUUCGCCCGUGGGGUCCUCAAGUGUGACAUGUCCGACCUGUCCCUCAUCUUAUGUCUGAGCUACAGUCUCGUACUGAUGAUCACCUGCACUGUGUACGCCAUCAAGAGCAGAGGAGUUCCUGAGACCUUCAACGAGGCCAAACCCAUCGGCUUCACCAUGUACACGACCUGCAUCAUCUGGCUGGCCUUUGUCCCCAUUUUCUUUGGCACAGCACAGUCUACAGAGAAGAUGUUCAUCCAGACCACCACCCUGACAGUGUCCAUGAGCCUGAGCGCCACGGUGUCCCUGGGCAUGCUCUACAUACCCAAGGUUUACGUCAUCAUCUUCCACCCGGAGCAGAAUGUCCAGAAGAGAAAGCGCAGCUUCAAAGCCGUGGUGCAGGCAGCCACCGUGUCCACGCACCUGUCCCAGAAGUCCAACGACAAACAGAACGGAGAGUCCAAGAUCGAGCCGGACAGAUCACAGUGAAACAAAUGAAGCUGCUUUCAUCACCUAAUGUCACAAGGCUACCCUGAGGUGGCUGGUGAUAAACGAGGAAAAAAAAUCUGCAUUUAUUUUAGUUUUGGCUGGUUUGUUUUUUUUCCCCUCCCCUUUAACUAUGGAUUGAAACACCAGCAAAGAUCCUCCUGGAUGUUGUUUCUUUUCACACUUAUUUAGACAACAGAUCUACUAAACCUGGAAUGAAGCACAGAAGGAAAAAGAAAUGCUCACCCUUAAAAUGGACAGCUGAGAACUGCAAGGAUGUUGAGCCAUCCUGAAUGGACUGCAGCAUUUGAGAAUUUUUCUUUUUUUGUGACAACAUCCACAUAUACACAUCAAAUUGACAAAGAGGUAUUACUAGUUUUUAUCUUUCCCUGGGAAAUGCUCUUUAGGCACAAAAAAAAAAAAAAAAAAAAAAAAAAAAAAAAAUAGGUAAAGCUUACGUGGCAACCUUUGCCCUACUGGACAUGUAUGUGGAAAUCCCAAGGGGUCAAUGAAGCGUUUUUGGUUACGGACUCCAAAAGCACUGCAUGGUUUGUGUUUAUAUGUACAAGAAUGUUUUGAAAUAUUGUUUGUAUGGGGUGUUGUGACUUUUU